CGGAAACUUUUAUCUUUUUUUUUUUUUUUUUCUUCUUCUCCUUUCCACCCACUUCUCCUCGAGUCGAUCCAUGACUACAAGUCCGCAAGUGCAUCGCAUAGAGAUAUAUAAGAACGUGGAUCUGGUGCCAUGGUUAGACCUUGAGGACACCUGGCUGGCGGGGGGCGCGAGACACCGUCCGUUCGCUCGCGUUACGCUAAUUUGCGGUCCUUCGUCGCCCUGGGAGGUCCACUGCUCUUGAAAGGCUGAAGGAACAGGCAGCGAUGACCACACCGCGCACGCCUGUCUUCAUGGCACUCCUACUGCUGAUCUUCAGCGCCGGACACUCCAAGCCCAGCGCGGUUCCCAUGGGCUCCAAGGAUGAGGACGUGAGCCUCUUCCAGCUCAUCGUGGACAAAGUGAUGCAGGCGAAGGAGCGGCAGGCCGAGGAGAGCGAUUCCCAGCGCCCUUCCAGGCAGCCAGAACACUCGCCCGACUCGCAGGAUGUGCAGGAUUACAAAGUGCGACACGAUAGUCAAGUUCUCGAAGUAUUUCCUAGAGACCUGAGGCAGAAGGAGAAGUUUUUAAAACACUUGACGGGUCCUCUCUACUUCAGUCCAAAGUGCAGUAAACACUUUUAUAGGCUAUAUCAUAAUACCAGAGACUGCACAAUACCAGCAUAUUACAAAAGAUGUGCCAGACUCCUCACAAGGUUAGCAGGAAGUCAAAGAUGCAUGGAAGGCUAAAUCUGACAAAUUUCAGUGGAACUACAAAAAUACAAAGAACCAAGAAAAGUGCCUUGGAGAACGACAGGGAAAAAAAAAAAACAGCUGAACUCAAAAUACUCGUAUCAUAAGUCAUUGUGAAUACAGAUAUAUUUUUGCAAUGGAAUGGACCAUGUCCACAGUUAACUACACACACUGUCAGCGUUAUCCGCAGACACUUAAAACUGCAGUUGAGCUUGUAGUUACAAAGAUGGUACAUAUGAAGAUGUUUAUUGAAAGAGAAGAAAAUGUUAAUGUCCUGCUGCCAAACUACAAAGGUGUUAAUUUUUUACAGAAAUGCUACAGUUAUGUAUAUGUUAUGUCCAACAUGCCUUGGAUGGUUUUUUUGUGUUAACAGUUCCCUUUAGCCUGGCUGUGUCUGCCAAACCACACUAGGGGAACAAUCUUUUGGGUUGUUUCAAUCGCUCAUUAUUAAAUGAGGAUUACACUAGACCCCAUGACUAAAUUAUGAAUUGCAUGACAAUUUUCUUGCCUUUUUUUGUCUUUGUUAGACAAUAUUUCCAUAGCAGAGACAGAUGUAUUUGUGCUGAUUACAUUCUGUGAAGGAAAAUCAGCAUUUCCCUGAAACACAGUUGAAUGUGGCAUAUAAUAUAUAUUUAUAUAUUCAAGCUAUUGUCAUUUGUCUCUCUGUACAUUAAAUGUAUGUACAUUCCACCUAGCGUGCAAUAUGUAAAUACUGUAAAUAUUAAAUAUAUGAACUACAAAUA